AUGAACUCAACAUGAGAUGAGUUGAUAUUGUCAGCAAAAAAUGCCUUUUAUAUUUUAGUGCUAACGUUGUUGAUUUAUUUUAAAGUGUUGUUUUAACUGUUAUUGUUUUAUCAACAUGUCUGGUGCUAUAGACGGCGAUGCUUAUACAGCUAGUUUCUACAGAAAUUCUUAUCAACAACCAUCUGUUGAGAUACCACCAUAUAAUAUGCAUGGAUGUAAUGAUUUUAGUAUGCUUCAGGAAAUGUAUAAACCGGAACUUUAUAUUCCAUCGACAAAUAUAUUGACCGAAAGGAAUAUCAACAGUAGACUGAAUCAAGAGAGAUUAGUGGAGUCUCCGUGUGAUGCUUCUCAGGAAAACUCGACUAAACCGUCUUCGAUUGAGGUAUGUGAGGAUGAAAACUUAAUAGCUCAAACUAAAGGCAACAGAAAACGUAAACGACCUAUUCCAAAAGGCAAACCUCCAUACAGUUACAUAGCUCUGAUAAGUAUGGCCAUCUGUAACGGUCCCGAGAGAAGACUAACACUAAAUGAUAUUUAUAAAUUCAUAACCGACCGCUAUGCAUACUACCGUGACCAAGAAAACCAGAAAGGAUGGAAAGGAUCUAUAAGACACAAUCUUGCCUUGAACGAAUGCUUUGUGAAACUGCCAAGAAAACCAGGACAAAAGGGUCAUGAAUGGGCAAUUGAUCCGGACUAUGAAGAUAUGUUCGACCAUGGAAGUUUUUUACGUCGACGUUACCGUUUCAAAGAAGGUGCCGGUGGUAAACAAAAGAUUCGCCACGUGUCUGCGCCAGAAGGUGUUUGGUAUCCUCGAAAUGUUGAAGUGAAGCCUUUGAUUGGACAUAUUGGACACAUACCAAACAUUACAACCCCGGAUAAUAGGAACUCUCAUAACAAUGUGUGGAACCCGUUCAAAUCCCCAAGCGAUUCCAAUAGUGCAUCGCCGUUCGAUAGUCCAGGAACAGAAUCUGUUUCUCCAGCUAGUCAGCCGUCGAGAGAAGUCUCCAGCAACAGUAAUUCGCCAGAUAAUCAACAAAGUCAAAACAGCUGUUUUUGGUACGGACAAGGUUUUCCACCAUUAUCAGGAAUUAUUCCGAAUGCUCAUUUUCCUAAGACCGAUACUUCGUUUCCAGGACAUAACUUUAUGGGACCAAAUGUGUGCAAGCCUCAACCAUUUAUGUUCAAUCCCAUGGCACACAAUCAAAUGUACAUCAUGAAUUCGUCAGCUGGAUCUCAAGUGUGGUCACCAUGAGGAGUAUUACGCAGACUGCUUUAUAACAUUUGGUGCUAUAUUGAUAUUUUAUUGUUUUAGAUAUUUUAAAAUCAUUUGAAUAUUUUAAAUCAGUUGUAAAUAUGUUGAUUUUAUAAACACGAUAAUUGGAUUUAUUAUCAA